UAGAAAUAAAAAUGGCUGCUGCACUGCCCGGCGUAUUCCCCGCAAAUUUGCAGGAAAAAAUUGUCCAAAGUAAAAUCCUAGUUGUCGGAGCUGGUGGAAUUGGUUGUGAGAUUUUAAAGAAUUUAGUUUUGUCUGGAUUUCCAGAUAUUGAAAUUAUCGAUUUGGACACAAUCGAUUUAAGUAAUCUCAACAGGCAAUUCCUAUUCCACAAAGAACACGUUGGCAAGUCCAAAGCCGAAGUUGCUAAAGAAAGUGCACUCAAAUUUAAUCCCACCGUCAAGAUUAAGUCUUACCAUGAUAGCAUCUUCAAUACUGACUACGGUGUGAGUUUCUUUAAGAAAUUCAAUGUAGUCCUUAAUGCUCUGGACAACAGGCAAGCUCGCAACCAUGUCAAUCGGAUGUGCUUAAAUGCAGAGGUUCCUUUGAUUGAAAGUGGAACGGCCGGCUACAACGGUCAAGUAGAACUCAUCAAGAAAGGAGUAACACAAUGCUAUGAAUGUACUCCGAAGGCAGCCCAAAAGUCCUUCCCCGGAUGCACCAUUCGAAAUACUCCCUCGGAACCAAUUCAUUGUAUUGUCUGGGCUAAGCAUCUCUUCAAUCAACUCUUUGGUGAGACAGCUGAUGAUGAGGACAUAUCGCCCGAUGUAGCCGACCCUGAAGCUGGUGUUGGCGACCAAGAAGACCCCGAGGAAGGUGAUGUCAAGCGCGUCAGCACCCGCAAAUGGGCCGAAGAGGCUGGCUACGAUGCCGAAACACUCUUCAACAAAUUCUUCUUUGAUGACAUCAACUAUCUGCUAUCCAUGUCUAAUCUCUGGAAGACUCGAAAACCGCCCUCACCUCUCAAAUGGGAUAGUGUCCUACUCGAUGAGGUUAAAAACUCAGACAAUAAAGAAUUUUUGAAGCAAUACCACAAAGUUUGGUCAUUUGCCGAAAGCGCUGCAGUCUUUGCUGAUUGCGUUCAAAAAUUGAAGAUAGAGUUGGCCAAGUCGCCCGAUAAUGAGAAACUGGUUUGGGACAAGGACGAUCAACCAGCGAUGGAUUUUGUAGCAGCUUGUGCAAACAUCCGGGCAAAUAUAUUCGAAAUAGCACAAAAGUCUCGAUUUGAAAUUAAAUCCAUGGCAGGUAACAUCAUUCCAGCAAUUGCCACAACAAAUGCCAUUACAGCGGGCGUUGUUGUCCUCCAUACAUUCAGAGCUUUGCAAGAUGAGUUCGAUAAAUGUAAAUCGGUUUACAUGCGUCUGCGACCAAAUCCACGCAACCAGUUGUUGGUGCCCGAGAAGUUCCUUACUCCUCCCAAUCCAAAAUGCUAUGUAUGUUCCUCUGAUCCAGCUAUCGAUCUAAAGGUGGACACAAAUAAAAUCAAGAUAAAGGAUUUACGUGAUGAUAUUUUGAUUAAAGCUCUUGGAAUGGUCAAUCCAGAUGUCAUUAUCGACACAAAAGGAGUUAUUGUUAUAUCAUCGGAAGAAGGUGAAACUGAAUGUAACGAUGAUAAGACAAUGACUGAAAUGGGAAUCACCGAUGGAGCAUUGUUAAAGGUCGAUGAUUUCUUCCAGAAUUAUGAAUUAAGUAUUAUUGUUUGGCAUAUGGAUGCUGAACGUGAUGGUCCACUAUUUGAAGUUAUUGCCGAUAAAGAUCAACUUAAGCCACAAGAAGAAUCAGUUCCUGAGAAGACAAAUGGAACUAAACGUAGUGCUAAUGAUGAUGCUGAUGAUGGUCCUUCUACGUCGAAAAAGAGUCGCAUUGAAGUUGUCGAAGAUGAUGAUGAUUUGUGUUUGAUUGAAGACGAUGAUGAAGUUGCUGUUGUUGAGGAAAAGAAAGAAGAGCCGAAAGUAGUAGAAAAUAAUAGCACAGAAAAAGUAGAAGCUUCUCCUGCUAAAAAUAAUGCAAAUGAAAAAGAAUCUGCUUCUUCUACUCCUGCUAAAUCCAGUUCAUCAUCGUCUGCUUCAGUUGCAACUAAGAGGAAGCCAACUGCAAACGAUGAUGAUUCAAUUGAUGGUCCGUCUAACACCAAACGCACCAAGCAGGAUGAUGAUGACGAUGAUGUCACCAUCAUCGAUUGAGAUUUUUUAUGUCAAAGUAAGAUUUUUUUAAAUAAUAACUCGAUGUCCUUGUAAAUGUAAAAUAUCUUCUUUCCAAUAAAUAAAAGAAAGAAAAAAAUGGAUACAAUCAAAA